AUGCCAGCUGAGAAGCUCGCCCAAUUCGACCACGAGAAAGGAUUUGAAUACACCACCUCCCCUGUUCCAAAUUGGAGAUAUGGGGAGAGUAUUCAAUCUUCUUCUGAAGGAAAGGCAUGGGCAGAAGGAGAAAAAUUAGGAUGGACCGUCAUUGACCCGUCCGAGGAAACGACCAGAAGGAUGUACGCUAUAAUGGUCGCAGAUAUUGCACCUCGUCCAAUAGCUUUUAUAUCCUCCAUCUCCCCUGAAGGAGUAGAAAAUCUCGCACCAUUUAGUCCGCAUACGAUAGCAUUCGGAGCUCUACACGUCAACGGGGAGCCCAAAGAUACCUUGCGCAAUGUCCUUUCAGGAACUGGGUUUACCGUCAAUAUUAUCAGUGCGCCGUGGGUAGAGCAGUCCCAUGUUUGCUCUGUCGUUUUUCCUUCCGAUGUCAGUGAGUGGCCAAGCAGCGGACUGACGAGGGCGCCUAGUUUACACGUCAAAGCUGCACGCGUAAAGGAAAGCGCAUUCUCGAUGGAGUGCGAACUGCUCGAUACCGUUCAGAUCAGGAACCCAGCCACGAACGUCAUAGCGUCGACACUCGUCGUCGCAAGCGUCAAGUACAUCCACAUGCGCAAUGACGUACUGGAUCCUGUCCGCGGGAUACCUGAUCCAGGGAAGCUCAAGCCUGUCGCAAAAAUGGGAGGCAUCUCGUAUGCGCGGGUGUCUGAAGGAUUUACGCUUCCUAGAGCUCCGCAUUGGACGACUGUAGUUGAGGGCCAGCGUGCUUUCAUGGAAGAAAGUGUCGAGUUUUCUUGA